AUAACUCUAUUAUAUUCUAAAUUUGCAUACAAGGUGACCUAUUUGUUUUUCAAUUAUUACCGUUGGGGUUAGAGUUCAGUAAAUAUUGAUGAUGUCAUCGUCUGAAGAUGGCUGAAGGAGAAAAUUGGUGGGGAGGGUGGUUUCAGCAAAGCAUUCAGGCCGUCAAAGAUAAGUCGUCUGAGGCCUAUGAAUUCAUAAAACGAGAUCUGACAGAGUUCUCCAAUGUUGUACAACAUGACACUGCCUGCUCAAUUGUGGCCACAGCCAGCGCUGUCAGAAACAAACUUGCGGUUGAGGGCUCCUCAGAGACGACAGAAAAGGUGAAGAAAGGACUUUCCAGUUUCCUAGGGGUGAUUACAGACACUCUAGCCCCUCCCCCGGACAUGACAAUCGACUGUGAUGUCAUCACACUCGUGGCGACCCCGGCAGGAACCACCGAGGUCUACGACAGCAACAAGGCUCGACUCUACAGCCUCCAGGCCGACCCGGCGACCUACUGCAACGAGCCUGAUGGUCCCCUCGAGCAAUUUGACAACUGGCUGUCCAGUUUCAGUAUGGAGGAGAAAAAGGGAGAAGUAUCAGAGCUUCUGGUCAACAGUCCCUCUAUACGAGCCCUAUACAAUAAAAUGGUGCCAGCAGCAGUGGCUCAUUCAGAAUUCUGGCAGAGAUAUUUCUACAAGGUCUUUCAGUUGGAACAGGAGGAGGCGAGGAGGCUGGCCUUAAAGCAGAGAGCCGAGCAGACCACCCACUCGGAGACCCUGGGAUGGGAGGAGGAGGAGGAAGACGACUUCCUGGGCGCAACGUCGUCCAGACUGGAUUUCACGCCCCCGCUUGACCCCCACCAUCACAACACCAGCGAUGGCGCCACCGCACAGCCCUCCCCGUCCAGCACGACCAGCCCCGUCAUGUCCCCCUGCGGCGAGCGGGACACCGCCAUGUCUGUCAGCAGCGACAGCGUCAGCCUCCCCACGCAGCUGGAGGUCCUGAAGCCCGAGCCCACCGCCGCCACCGCUACAGAGCUGGUGCCCCACAUGUCGAAGGUGCACCUGGAGAAACCCCCACCAGACCAGACGCAGGAGGACCAGAGCCCCGCCCUGAACCUUCCUCCACCCGCCCCGGCCCGGUCAGAGGCCAAAGCCCAGCUAGAGAAGACCGGGGACCGGGCCCCGACCCGGGCCUCUGGCGCUGCCCCGAGAUCCGACACCACGAAGGAAGAAGGACCCCAGGACCUGAGGGUGUUUGAGCUGAACUCCGACAGCGGGAAGUCCACACCAUCCAACAACGGCAAGAAAGGUUCCAGCACGGACGUGAGUGAGGACUGGGAGAAGGACUUCGACCUGGACAUGACAGAGGAGGAGGUCCAACUGGCCCUGUCUAAAGUAGAGGCCUCCGGAGAGCUGGACGAAGACUGGGAGAACUGGGACUGAUGGGAGAGCUUGCCGUAUGCAGUAUGUCCACGAUUAAAAACAAAAAAAAAGCUAGUUCCCGGCAGACGAACCAUGCUUAACGUGUUUUCACUCCUUGUCUAUUUUGCCACCAUGUCAUGAAUGCUCG